CGCUUGUCGUGCCUGUGAUGUGGCCACCAUUUCUCACCAAUUCGAUAUAGCUCUUCCCACACUGCCCUUCACCUCACCCCUCUUAAAUAUACUCGAUCUCGUUGCCUGAUUUGGAAAUACGAAAAUGAUGGAGGGGUUGAAGAAAAGAGUUUGGAAAUCGUUUUCCUCAUCGUCAUCUACGACGUCGUUGUGGAUUACGGCGCCGUUACUGAUUCUGGUCUGUUUGGUGGUGGCUUUAGGGAGUUCCAAAGCUUCUUCUAGUUGGGUUUUUGUUGACAGUUAUUAUCCGUGGAGUUGGGAUCCUUUUCUUGCUCGUGAUAAAAUUCCCGGUUCUCCGCCGCCUUCUAACCAGCCGCCGUCAACUUUUCCGUCGGUGGUAACGGCUGACAACAGCGGCGGUGGAAAGAUAUUAGCUUAUAAUUCUAGCAUUAACAGUUCUGCUUCACCACUCGACUUUGAAUCUCAAGAAAUGCAACAGCCUGAUAUACAAAAGGAAGAAGAUUUGAAUAUCUCAUCAAGUGUGCCCAGCAUAAUUUCAUCAUCCAACGAAACCCAAACUCCUCUACAAGUAACAAUCAAAAGUAAGUUCAGGAAUCUGGAAAGGCUGGAAGCUAAUUUGGGAAAAGCUAGAGCUGCAAUAAGAUCAGCAGCUGUGCAUGGAAUAAACCAAACAGACGACCCUGACUAUGUUCCCACUGGCUCGCUCUACUGGAAUGCCAAUGUUUUCCACAGGAGUUACUUGGAAAUGGAGAAGCAGCUCAAGAUAUUUGUGUAUGAAGAGGGAGAACCCCCCAUUUUUCACAAUGGGCCUUGCAAAAGCAUUUAUGCAAGUGAAGGCAACUUCAUUUCCCAUAUGGAGACUUCGCCAUUUCGCACCAGAGAUCCAGAGAAGGCCCACAUUUUCUUCCUUCCAUUCAGUGUAACAGGAAUAGUGUACUUUCUUUAUGACAGCAGUGUGCCCGGCAAAAAACAUUGGUUUCCUAUGAAACAGACAGUUAGCGAUUACGUUAACCUUGUUGCUCGAAAGUAUCCUUACUGGAAUCGAAGCAUUGGAGCUGAUCAUUUCAUGCUUGCUUGCCAUGAUUGGGGGCCUGAGAUUUCUAAGGCUGUUCCUGAGCUAUUCAAGAACUCAAUCCGAGCAUUGUGCAAUGCCAAUACCUCAGAAGGGUUUAAACCCUCUAAGGAUGUCUCGAUCCCGGAGAUCCUUCUUCCGGGAGGUACAAUGCACGGCCUGAUAGGCGGCCCCUCGCCAUCACACCGGUCAAUCCUGGCUUUCUUUGCCGGAGGGCUUCACGGUCCCAUAAGGCCAAUCCUCCUAGAGCAUUGGGAGAACAAAGACAACGACAUCCAAGUUCAUAGGUACCUUCCCAAGGGCAUUUCGUACUACGAAAUGCUGAGAAAGUCCAAGUUCUGCAUAUGUCCCAGUGGGUACGAGGUUGCCAGUCCAAGAAUGGUGGAAGCUAUUUACACAGGCUGUGUCCCUGUGCUCAUCAAGAACCACUACGUCGCGCCUUUCAGCGACGUCUUGAACUGGAAGAAGUUCUCCAUCGAAAUCCCGGUGGAGGACAUUCCAAAUCUGAAGAAAAUCCUCACUGACAUAUCUCCCAGAAAGUACAUAAGAUUGCAGAGAAAAGUGUUGAUAGCCAGACGACAUUUCGAGGUGAAUUUGCCUCCGAAGAGAUACGAUGUUACUCACAUGAUUCUUCACUCUGCCUGGCUUAGGAGAUUAAAUGUCCGGCUUCAUGGCAUUGAAGAUACUUGAGAAUUGAAUAGAUCAGAUAUAUAUAGUGCUUUGCUUUCUUGUGUUUCCUGUGCAGGAAAAAAUGGAAAAUGGAAUAUAUGUUGGUUCAUGUCUACGUACGUAGUAUAUAUCUGUGUUCCAUAAAUUUGUUGUGGUAAGUAGUAUUUGUUUUGUCAAAAGGAAAAAAGGUGUAACUUAUAGAUCAAUAUAUAGUGUUUAUAAAGUUGUAAUAUGGCAAGAGUUAAAUUUAUAUAUAUUUUAUACAACACUUUUAUUAAUAUAAUGUUAGUUUAAAUUUGUUUA